AUGCACCUCAUUCCGAAGGAGCUUGAUAAGCUCGCCAUCUCACAGUUGGGCUUCUUGGCCCAGCGGCGUCUUGCACGAGGUGUGCGACUCAACCAUGCCGAAGCUGCGGCACUGAUCUCGUCAAAUCUGCACGAGCUGAUCCGCGAUGGACAAUACUCAGUGGCGGACCUCAUGUCCAUCGGCAAGACCAUGCUUGGCCGCCGGCAUGUCCUCCCAUCAGUCCCUUCGACCCUGGUUGAACUCCAGGUCGAAGGCACCUUUACAAUGGGCAGCUACCUAGUCACAGUCCAUAACCCCAUUGCUUCAGACGAUGGAGACCUUGAAAAGGCUCUCUACGGGAGUUUCCUCCCUAUACCACCGGCAGAUACGUUCCCAGAUCCCGUUCCGGAGGAUUAUCUACCUGAGAAGGUGCCCGGGGCUGUUAUUCCUGUGAAGAAUGAGCGCAUCACACUGAGCGAGGGAAGAAAACGGAUUAAGCUCAAGGUAAUGAGCAAGGGUGAUCGGCCGAUCCAGGUUGGCUCGCAUUACCAUUUCAUCGAGACGAACCCUCAGCUGCAUUUUGAUCGUAUUCGCGCCUAUGGAUACCGGCUUGAUAUCCCCGCAGGAACGUCUGUUCGGUUUGAGCCUGGUGAUACCAAGACUGUUACCCUGGUUGAGAUUGGAGGCAACAAAGUUAUCAAGGGAGGUAACUUUCUUGCCUCGGGUGUGGUUGAUCUUAACCGGGCGGAUGAGAUUAUAGAGCGUCUGCAGACUGCUGGAUUUGCACACGUUCCUGAGCCAGCUGCGGAUAAUGCACUUGUUGCUCCUUUCACGAUAGAUCGGGAGGCGUAUGCUCGGUUGUUUGGUCCUACCACUGGGGAUCUGAUCCGUUUGGGAUUGACAAAUCUCUGGGUUAAGGUUGAGAAGGACUAUACAUACUACGGCGACGAGUGUUCCUUUGGUGGCGGCAAGAGUAUUCGAGAGGGCAUGGGUCAGGCAUCAGGAAAGUCUCACAAAGAGUGUCUGGACACUGUGGUUACGAAUGCCAUCAUUAUCGACUGGAGCGGUAUAUACAAGGCCGACAUCGGUAUCAAGGAUGGCAUCAUUGUCGGCAUCGGCAAGUCGGGAAACCCAGACGUUAUGGAUGGCGUCCACCCGGACAUGGUGAUUGGCUCCUCGACGGAUGUCAUCGCAGGAGAAAACAAGAUCGUUACUGCAGGAGGCUUCGAUACGCACAUCCACUUCAUCUGCCCUCAACAAGCACAAGAGGCACUCGCCUCCGGGAUUACCACGUUCCUGGGAGGAGGAACCGGACCGUCGACCGGCACCAACGCAACAACAUGCACUCCUGGGCCAACACACAUGCGCCAGAUGAUCCAAGCAUGCGACCAAAUCCCCAUCAAUGUCGGCAUCACAGGAAAGGGCAACGACAGCGGCGGCAUCAGCAUCGAAGAACAGAUUAUCGCAGGUGCAGCCGGCCUCAAGCUCCACGAGGACUGGGGUUCUACUCCCGCCGCCAUCGAUACCUGCCUUGAUAUUUGUGAGAAGUACGAUGUGCAAUGCAUGAUCCAUACCGACACACUCAAUGAAUCCGGCUUCGUCGAGCAAACCAUCGAAGCGUUCAAGAACCGUACCAUCCACACCUACCACACCGAAGGUGCCGGCGGCGGUCACGCCCCCGAUAUCAUCUCCGUCGUCGAACACCCCAAUGUCCUACCGUCCAGCACAAACCCCACCCGCCCCUUCACAAUGAACACCCUCGACGAGCAUCUCGAUAUGCUCAUGGUCUGCCACCAUCUAUCAAAGAACAUCCCUGAAGACGUGGCAUUCGCAGAGAGUCGAAUUCGCGCUGAGACCAUCGCCGCCGAAGACGUCCUUCAUGAUCUCGGCGCCAUCAGCAUGAUGUCCUCCGAUUCGCAAGCUAUGGGCCGCUGCGGCGAAGUCAUCCUGCGCACAUGGAACACAGCACACAAGAACAAGGAGCAGCGCGGUUACUUACCCGAAGACGAGGGCACAGGUGUGGAUAACUUCCGCGUCAAGCGCUAUAUCAGCAAGUAUACCAUCAACCCGGCCAUUGCGCAGGGCAUGUCCCAUCUUAUUGGGAGUGUCGAAGUCGGCAAGCUCGCAGACCUGGUCAUCUGGUCACCUAGCUACUUCGGCACCAAGCCAAGUCAGAUACUGAAGAGUGGGAUGAUUGUUGCUUCGAUGAUGGGUGAUCCCAACGGCUCCAUCCCAACAAUCCAACCCGUCAUCAUGCGCCCGCAGUUCGGCGCCUACCUCCCCAGCACAUCCGUAAUGUUCGUCUCGCAAGCGUCGCUUGACACGAACACGGUGCAGUCCUACGGCCUCAAGAAGCGCGUUGAAGCCAUCAAGAACUGCCGCAAUAUCGGCAAGGCUGAUAUGAAGUUCAAUGAUACGAUGCCAAAGAUGAGGGUUGACCCGGAGAGUUAUCGCGUUGAGGCGGAUGGAAAGCUUUGUGAUGCGGAGCCUGCGGAGGUUUUGCCGCUGACGCAGGAUUAUUAUGUUUAUUAG